CCUUUGACAGUAUUUGCAGAAGACCCCUUUGUUUCUAAUUUUCCUGACAGUACAAUGCAUAUGAAACGGAAAAGUGUGUAUCAACAAACUCAAGCACUUCUGUGCAAGAAUUUUCUUGAGAAAUGGAGAAAUAAAAGAACGAGCGCCUUGGAAUGUGGGAUUCCAGCACUUCUAGGACUCUACCUGGGCCUAUUUUCUUAUUUUAAAGAAAAUAUUCAUUUUCCUGGCAUGCCACCUCAGGACCUGGGAAGAAUAGAUCAAUUUAAUAACUCUUUAGUUGUUGUAUAUACACCAAUAUCUGACAUAACCCAGCAGAUAAUGAAUCAAACGGUCCACGCUCCCUUCUUGACAGACAAAAAUGUCAUUGGAGUAGCCAACAGAACACAUUUGGAUGAAAUAGUUGAAGAUCAUCUCCCCUAUGCAGCAGGAAUCAUCUUCAAUGACAUGUUUUCUUACAACUUAACAUUUUUUCAGGGGUUUUCCAUUCCAUUCCUGAAGGAAGAUACUUUCUCAGCUCAUUGUUGGGAUGAAAAUCAAAAGUUUAUGUGUCUAGCGGACAGAUACUGGAAUAGAGGAUUUGUGCCUUUACAAGCUGCAAUCAAUGCUGCUAUUACACAAGUCCUGACAAAUCACUCUGUGAUGGAACAGUUGAUGUCUGUCACCGCUAUAAAUAUGAAGACGUUGCCUUUUAUCUCUAAAGAUUUUCUACAAAAUGAAAUGUUUAUUUUCUAUUGCUUGCUUUACUUCUCUCCACUGACAUAUUUUCUAUCGCUCAAUAUAACAAAAGAGAGAAAAAAGAGGAAGGAUGUGAUGAAAAUGAUGGGUCUUCAAGAUUCAGCAUUCUGGCUCUCCUGGGGAUUAAUGUAUGCUGCCUUCAUUUUCAUUUUUUCCAUAGUCAUUACAAUUGUCAUAACGACUACAAACAUUAUAAUCCUGACUGGUUUCAUGGUCAUAUUCACACUCUUUUUCUUAUAUGGCAUGUCUUUGGUGGCAUUAACGUUCCUAAUGAGCGUGCUGAUCAAGAGAACUGCCCUCACAAAUUUGGUGAUAUUUGCCCUCACCAUCUUCUGGGGGGGUGUGGGAUUCACAGUAUAUUAUAGGCAAAUCCCCUCAUUCUUGGAGUGGAUUUUGUGCAUUUUUAGCCCCUUUGCCUUUAUUGCUGGAAUGACUCAGAUUAUUCAUCAGGACUACGAUAUGAAUGGUGUAACUUUUCCUGACCCUUCAGGAUACUCAUAUAAAAUGAUAGCAACAUUUUUCGUAUUGGCUUUUGUUGCCCUUUUGUACUUGGUAUUGGCUUUAUACUUCGACAAAAUCUUACCUUAUGGAAAUAAGAGCCGUUAUUCUCCAUUAUUUUUCCUGAAUUCAUCAUCUCGUUUCCAACAUCAAAGGAUUAAUCAUAAGGUCAUUGAGAAGGAAAUAGAUACUGAACACCCAUCUGAUGAUUAUUUUGAGCCCAUACCUCCAGAAUACCAAGGAAAAGAAGUUAUCAGAAUCAGAAAUGUUAAAAAAGAAUAUAAAGGAAAGUCUGGAAAAGUGGAAGCCUUGAAAGGCUUGUUCUUAGACAUAUAUGAAGGUGAAAUCACAGCAAUUCUGGGUCGUACUGGAGCUGGCAAAUCUUCGUUACUUAAUGUCCUCAGUGGAUUGUCUGUUCCUACAGAAGGAUCAGUUACUAUCUACAAUAAAAACAUCUCUGAAAUGCAAGACUUGGAGGACAUAAGAAAGAGAACUGGUGUUUGCCCACAAUUUAAUGUCCAAAUUGAUAUGCUCACAGUCAAGGAAAAUCUCAGACUAUUUGCUAAAAUCAGAGGGAUUCAGCCACAAGCUGUGGAACAAGAGGUACAAAAAGUUUUAUUGGAAUUGAGCAUGCAAAACAUCCAGGACAAACUUGCUCAACAUUUGAAUGAAGGACAGAAGAGAAAGCUGACCUUUGGGAUUGCCAUCUUAGGAGACCCCCAGGUCUUGUUAUUAGAUGAACCAACUAUGGGAUUGGAUCCAUUUUCAAGGCACCAAGUAUGGACUUUCCUCAAAGAGCGCCAAGAAGGCCGUGUGAUCCUUUUGAGUACUAAUUUCCUGGAUGAGGCAGACAUCGUGGCUGAUAGAAAAGUAAUCAUGUCUGAUGGAAGACUGAAGUGUGCAGGCUCUUCUGUGUUUUUGAAGAGAAGAUGGGGUCUAGGCUAUAACUUGAGUUUGUACAGAAAUGAGUUAUGUGAUCCAGAGAAAAUAACAUCUUUCAUUAAUCAUCAUAUCCCUGAAGCUAAACUAAAAGCAAAAGACAAAGAGAAACUUGUAUACACAUUGCCUUUGGAAAGAACAAACGCAUUUCCAGAACUUUUCAGUGAUCUGGAUCAGGGCUCUGGCCAGGGUGUGUUAAGCUAUGAUGUUUCCAUGUCGACGCUGAGUGACAUCUUCGUGAAAUUGGAAGGAGGAUCAGCUACCAGCCAAGAUUUUGAGCAUGCAGAAGUGCUGAGAGACACCGAGAGUCUGCCUGAAGUGGAGCCGGCUUACUCUCCGCCCACUGCAGUGACGAAAGCUGUCGGUGCCAUGGGUCUAUGGCGAAUGCAGGUCUGUGCAAUGGCCAAGCUACGUUUCUUAAAAUUAAAGCGUGGAAGAAAAGAGCUUUUGGCCCUAUUGUUGGUAUUUGGAAUUGCAAUUUACCCUUUCAUAAUGGAAAGGAUAGUUUAUGGUCUCUUAGAUCAAACGAAUGACUGGGAAUUUAAAUCUGAGUUUUAUUUCCUCUCUCCUGGACAACUUCCCCAAGAAACUCGUACCAGCCUACUGAUCAUCAAUAACACAGAAUCAAAUAUUGAAGAUUUUAUAAAGUCACUUAAACAACAAAAUAUACUCCUGGAAGUAGAUGACUUUGAAAAUAGAAAUGGCACGGAGGACCCAUCAUAUAAUGGAGUCAUCAUAGUUUCUGGCAAACAGAAGGAUUAUAGAUUUUCUAUUGUCUGCAACACCAAACGGCUGCAUUGUUUUCCUAUCCUUAUGAACAUUAUCAGCAAUGGGCUACUUGGAAUGCUUAAUCACACACAGUAUAUCCGAAUGGCGAGAAGCACGUCUACUGUAUUACUUAUGUUGAGCUGGUUUGGGCUGCCCGAGAGUACCAUUUUCUUGUUUUUGGUGGUCUGCAACAUUUCUCCUUACUUUGCCAUGAGCAGUGUCAGCGAUUACCAAAAAAGUUCCAAGUCCCAACUAUGGACUUCCGGGCUCUUUCCUUCUGCUUACUGGUGUGGACAGGCACUGAUUGAUGUCACCCUUUAUGUUUUUAUUCUCGUUUCUCUUUAUCUAAUUGUAAUACUUGAAGCUAUUCAGGAUAUUCAUCUAUCAGGACUAAUUCUGUUUGCCUUGGUUGUAAUUAUGCUUGGUUUUGCAACUUCUCUGGUCUUCAUGACAUAUGUGAUAUCAUUUCUUUUUCGCAAGAGGAGAAAAAAUAGUGGCAUUUGGUCGUUUUCCCUCUAUUUUGUCUCACUCAUCCUCUUUGAUAUCAUUGUCAUGCAUGAGUCUCGUAUAUUCACUUACAUUGCUGCUAUGAUGCUUUUUCCUCCUGUGAUCUUGAUUGGAUUUAUAAAAGUCAUAGUGGAGAAAAACUACCUAUAUCACGAAAGUGUGGAAGAUACAGCUAUUACCAUCAGUGGCGCAGAUUUUCUACUCUGUCUCAUACCUUACGCUCAGACUUUGCUAUUCAUUUUUGUUCUAAGAUGCCUGGAAAUGAAGUACGGAAAGAAAGUCAUGCAGAGAGAUCCCAUUUUCAGAAUUUCUCCCCAGAGUGGAGGUGCACGGCAGAAUCCAGAACAUCCCGGAGACGAAGAUGAAGAUGUUCAAGCAGAAAGAACAAGAACAGCAAUUGCCCUGACCACUUCGACCUCAGAAGAGAAACCAGUCAUACUUGCUAGUUGUCUACACAAAGAAUAUAUGGAACAGAAGAAAAGUUGCUGUUCAAAAACAAAGAAGAAGAUAGCCAUAAGGAAUAUCUCCUUUUGUGUUCAAAAAGGUGAAAUUUUUGGAUUACUGGGACCCAAUGGAGCUGGUAAAAGUUCAUCUAUGAAAAUGAUAUCUGGAAUCAUAAAGCCAACAGCUGGUGAGGUGGAAUUGAAUGAUUGUCGCUCAGUUUGGGAUCAGCAAGGAGAUGGCCAAGUCAAGUCCCUGGGGUACUGCCCUCAAGAGAAUGUGCUGUGGUCCAGUCUAACAGUGAAGGAGCACCUGCAGGUGUUUGCCUCUGUGAAGGGGCUGAACAAAGGGGAUGCCAGCGCUGCCAUUUUACGAUUGGUGGCUCUUUUUGAACUGCAUGAACAACUGAAUGUUCCAGUGUAUAAAUUAACAGCAGGAGCCACUAGGAAGUUGUGUUUUUUGCUGAGCAUCCUGGGAGACUCGCCCAUCCUGCUCCUGGAUGAACCUUCUACAGGCAUGGACCCAGCUGGUCAGCAGAAAAUGUGGAGGAUGAUGCAGAGUGCCAUUAAAAACACAGGGAAGGGGGCUCUCUUGAUCACACAUUACCUGGCUGAGGCCGAAGCUCUUUGUGACCGUAUCGCCAUCAUGGUGUCAGGAAAACUUAGAUGCAUUGGCUCUAUCCAACACCUGAAGAGUAAAUUUGGCAAGGAUUACAUCCUAGAACUCAAGGUGAAGGAGACUUCUCAGAUGGCUUCAGUCCAUGGAGAGAUUCUGAAGCUUUUCCCACAGGCCGCCCAGCAACAAAGGUAUUCCUCCUUCCUGACCUAUAAACUGCCGGUGAUGGAUGUUCAUCCGCUGUCUCAGGCUUUUCACAAAUUAGAAGUUGCAAAGCAUAAGUUGAACCUGGAUGAGUACAGCCUCUCUCAAUGCACCCUCGACAAGGUCUUUGGAGAACUUUCCAAGGAGCAGCUGGGAGAACUCGAUGAAGUUGACACAAGUAUGCGAUGGAGACUUCUACCUUACUCAGAUGACCCUUAAAACCUCAUGCCUAAUAAUUCUGGGUUGUUGUAUGUCAUAUGCAUUAUGCGCUACAUGUAAUUAGUAGGAUAUAUAAAUUAAACUUUUGUUGA